AUGGCGCAAAGCAUUGUACAUUUUUAUGCAAUAACUAAAGAAAAUGGGGUGGAGAGAAUAUUGGGAAACGAAUCAUUUUCUCCUAUGUGUGCUAAUGCUUUGGCCGGUGAUAGAUUAAUCACGUUGUAUAUGCUGGAUCGUGAGGAUGAAUGGUUCUUUGCUCGGAAUAACGAUUUCAUGGAUAGUGAUCCAGAUCUUGAAUUGGACUCGGAUGAUUGCUAUGAUGUGUGUGGACAUAACGAUGACUGUACUGAAUACUAUUUAGAAGAAGAUUCUAACUUCGAAUGUUCAUCUCAAUGCUCUUGUACUGAUUGCCGAGCAUUCCCAGAUGCUACGUUUUGA